AUGAAAUUUAUUGUAUUCCUUGCGAUCUUUGCCCUGGCUGCGGCGUCUCCUCAAUGGGGAUUCGGAGGCGGAUUUGGUGGUGAACAGCAACAGCAGCAGCAGCAGGAUGGAGGAUUCGGCGGCGGAUUUGGAGGUGGAUUCGGUGGUGAACAGCAGCAACAGCAGCAGCAACAAGGGGGAUUCGAUGGAUUUGGACAACAGGAACAGCAACAGCAGCAGGAGGGAGGAUUUGGUGGAUUCGGUGGAUUCGGAGACCAGCAACAGCAGCAGCAGCAGCAGCAAGGAGGAUUCGGAUGGUAA